UCACCCACGGCAUUCUUUUCCAGCCUUUCUUCCGGUUUUCGGCACGCAUCACCAAUGGCCGAAAUGUGUGUCAAUAAUUUAUUAUCACUUUUGAACAUUUAAUUGUUUUGUGGCAGAAAUGCAGCGGCUUCACGACAGCACCAUCACGCGUGCACCGUUUACCGUAGCUUAAACUGUAGUGUAGGCUACUGGAGAGGGCUGUUGUUCUUCAAUCACCGUACAUUGCCAGAAUGGCAGCCAGUUUCCAGGGAGACGGAAAAACCAGAGGCUUUCAGUGCUCUCACCCGCAGCAAUAUCCAAGGAUUUUCAGAAAGAUCCUUGUGGUGCUAACUCUACCUCACAGCACAGCCGUUCUAUACGCAGAAGCACGGCUACACGCUCGCCGCGAUCAGCGAUAAACUACCCCAGGAACACAGGGCAGGAGCAGUCUGGUUUUACCCCACAAAUGGUCUGACUUCCCCCUCAGCUACGAGCUUCUGUGGCGUCUCAUGUGAUGUCACUUUGGAUGAAGCAACAUGGUUGGAGGCUGAGAUUUUGUACUGUCUUUGCUGAGCAGUAAUACCAGAUGAGUGCCUGUGUUUCCCUCUCAAUAUGUCCUGCAGGUAACUGUACAUCUAGAAACAUACCCCUUCUCCCCCCCCCCCACCUCCUCCAAAAGGCUGUGGUGUGAAAUUCAGGAACCUCAAAUCUCUUAAGGGCAGGAAUCUUGUGGGGGUUUGGGUGGGGUGAUGAUGGAAGGUCCCACUAUGACCGAAAGUGGACCGAGCCUCGACCGCCACUGCAGCCAAGUACUGGAGGGUGCAGGGAUGUGUGAGGUGAACUCCAGCGGCGACCUGUCUCAGUCUGCCGCAGGUGAGGGGGGUGAAACCAGGCCCUCAGAGUCCCGGUUAGUGGAGGACGCGUUCAAGGGGCACAGCGAUGGGGGUACCCAGCCCUCCAAGCAUGUAGAACAACCCAGGAUGAAUGCGAAUGAAGAAACAGCCUUAGAACAUUUCUCCAUAGAGGAUGGCGCACCGCAGGCCAAUCCUGCUUUACCAGUGACCAGCGGCAUACCCAGCGAGCUCCGAAAGGUGUCCACGGGCAAAGGUAGGGGAGAGGAACCUGAACACAGCACAACACAGCAGAAAUCUGGGGAGGGCAUGACCGUGACCAACCAGGAGCCAACCAUACUGGUGACCAACCACGACUCCCCCAGUCAAGAGGGGGACGAGAGAGAGACGUCAUCGGAGAGCCACUCCUCUGAGCCCGAGGGGAGAAAGGAGGGCGGCACGGGGCCUGCCAAACCCGACUGUGAGGCGGAAUGUUCUGGAGACGCGUUACCACCACUCAACACAAGUGUGGGAGAAACAGUGGCUAAGGAGGUGAAGAAAGGGGAAGAGGAUGUGCUGGCAGGCAUUCUAGAGGGUUCAGAACAGAAUCAUGCCAACACGCCUGGGGAAAAGGUAACGGGAGCCUGUGGCUUGAACAUACAGCCCUACAAUGCACCUGCAGAGGAGGCAGGGGUGGGGACGGCGGGUUUGCUCUCACCCCUGCUCUCUCCCGCCCCUCCCCCACCCCCCCACCACCAACACAUCCAGACGCAGGUGAGCCUGGAGACCCCAUCCUGCCACUCAGUUGCCACCAGCCCCAUGACCCCGCCCCAGGGCUCUGGGGACUACUUCUUCCCCUACUCCUUCAGGAAGGCAGGGCUCGACAGCGGCGAGCUGCCCCAGCCUCUCUACCGAUCCGUCGCCACGGCGCCCAUGAGCCCCCUCACUCCCACCAUCACAGUCCCAGAAUCCCCCUGUCCUGAGAUCACAGUCACAAGGGCAGGAAAUGGGAGCAGCCAGCAGGGGCCACCACAAAUUGCACAUGGGGGUAUUCAGAAGGGUGUGGCCCCACAGGUGGGUGGGAACACUGACAUGCUCAUUGGGGGGCCAAGACCAGCAGAGUCAAACAUCAAGAGCACUGAGAGCAUAGCCCCUGAAGGGCCCUCAGCCACGACCUCAAGUGCAUCUGGCCCCACCCCAGGUCAGGAGACCACAGAAAGAACGCGGGACCAGUGCGUCAAGCCUGGUGCUGAUGCGGGCGCCGGGCAACCAGGCCCUUCACUGGCAAAUCACGGGACUGUCUGCUCUGUCACACCACAGGGAGACACCAGAGAAAGAGGAUCAGCACCACAAUUAAUCGAGCUUGAUACGAAGGCCUCUAAAGUACAGAGUGUUGACCUCGGUCCCCAGAAGAGUGGGGGGCAUGCUACAAAUAGGGCUGAGGGUGUGCCAAACAAGUAUAGUGGCAGGGGACACUGUGACCUAGGGGAAGCCAGGCAACUCACUGUGGAAGACUUCACCUUUGAUGAUGGGCAGUCCCAUAAUGCACCUGCAGAGGGAGUAUCAGAGAAAACAGCUGGCCUGCCAUCGCCCCUGCUCUCCCCCGCUCCUCCCCCACCACCUCACCACCAUCACAUCCAGACGCAAGUAAGCCUGGAGACCCCAUCCUGCCACUCAGUCGCCACCAGCCCCAUGACUCCGCCCCAGGGCUCUGGAGACUACUUCUUCCCGUACUCCUUCAAGAAGGCGGGGCUCGACAGCGGCGAGCUGCCCCAGCCUGUCUACCGAUCCGUCGCCACGGCGCCCAUGAGCCCCCUCACCCCCACCGUCACAGUUCCACAGUCCCCCUGUCCUGAGAUCACGGUCAUGGAUGUCAAAGGGGAUGUGGAUGGGGUCACAGAGCUGGGGAAGGUGAAAGCAGGAGAUGGGCAGCAGGAGGUGGUGCAGGCGGUGCGCUGGGAUGAGAAGGGCAUGACCUGGGAGGUGUAUGGGGCUGCAGUGGAGGUGGAGGUGCUGGGCACAGCCAUCCAGAAACAUCUGGAUAAGCAGGGGGAGGAGCCAGGAAAACAGCCUCCGCCCCUUUCCCCUCCCGUUUCUCCUCCCCUUUCCCCACCUCCGGCUCCGCCCGUAGAUCCACCGUCCUCCCCUUCACCUCCCACAUCCUCCCCUCCUCCUCCACCUGACUCACCUCCUGCCUCUUCCCCUCCUCCUCCUGCUCCUCACUCACCUCCUGCCUCCUCCUCCCCUCCUGCUCCUCCUCGCUCACCUCCUGAGCCUGUCUCUGUGCCCAGCAGCAACGGCGGCAAAGUGGAAGGAGAGGGUGUGGCCAGUAAGCCGGACGUGGGCGAUGAGGUGGGAGUGACCAGUGAGCCGGGCACGGACGGUGAGCCGGGUGUGGCCAGUGAGGUGGGCAUGUCUGAGAAAGUGGGCGUGGAGGGAGAGGUGGGCGUGACGGGAGAGGUAGGCGUGGUGGAGGAGGUGGAUGCGGCUGAAGACGUUGCCGUGGUCGCUGAGGCUGGCAUCGGCGAGGAGGACGUGGGCGGGCAGGAGCCGGAGGAGAAGAAGAGGCGUCGGCGCAACCCGUUCCGUGCCAUGUUUAGGAACAUACGCCGCCCACGCUGCUGCUCCAGGACUCACGCCAUUGACUGACAAUAUCGCCGUCCAGCAACAAUGGGCCUUUGCUAAUGCCCAAGGAUCGUUCAGAGCAAUCAGUGCAUCCAAGCUCACACACGGCUGUGUGUACAGUGCAUAAUGGUGCAGCUGUGUGGAGCAUUUAGAUGUCUUUGUGUAGACUGUAAUUCUGCAAAAGUCCUCAUGUUAGAACAGUAUAUUUUUCUAGCACUGUAUUUAAAAAGGUAUGUGGACUGCACUAGCCAGGGGUGCAAUAUCCUGUUGCUAUGAUUGAUCACUUCUUUUUUGUGAUUCGGAUGAGAAAAUUUAAUCUGAAUAGAUUUGAUUUGUUCAAGGAUUUAUGGGAAGGGGAAUUUGGGUGGGGGGGGGGGGGUGUUGGCAGUGUUGUCUUUUGAUCGUCUUUCUGGAUAUUCUGGGCAUUGCUUAUUUUCUGAAUUCUAUAGUUUUAGUAUAGUUUUUGCUUGAGUCUAAGAAACAUUUGUUCAUGUUGUUUUUAUUAUCAGAGUUAUUCUAGACUGCCAUGAAACAGAAUUAGUCAGAAAUGCCAGUUUAUGUAUUUUCUCUGUAUUAUUAUUAUUAUUAUUAUUAUUUUGUAUCUCCACAAAGCAUGUGAUAAAGAUCUUCAUAGAAAAGAUCCGGCUUCUUGGUUAUGAAAACAGCAGUACAUUCUUUGCAGUUUUGUCCACUUUGUCAUUGUUGUUGCAUCUGGAUUUUAUUAGUGGCAUUUGGAUAUUGUUUUAAAAUGUGAAGUUUGACCUGUUAUUCUGUGCACAAUAAUAAAUCAUCACUAAAUCUAAUCUAUGUAAAAAGUGUAUGACCCCCUGCUUCCCAAACAAUAGCUCUAUGCUUCUAUUUAAGUCUCAAACAAAGUAUUUUUGCCUGUAUAUUCCUGCACACAUUCUGGGAGAAACAAUAUUGUGUGUGUGUGUGUUCAUAACAUUAAAUCUUAACAAAUAUUACCCUUUAGCUCAUUAAUUCAGCUUGGAUCUUUCGGGACAAAGAAAUGAAAGAAAAUCAAUUAUUUAUAAGUUUUCAAGGAGAGUUUUUUAGAGGUUGUCUAGAGCAGUGGUUCUCAACCUUUUAGACCCCAAGGCUCCCUGUGUCCAUGAAAAUAUUCUAGCCCCCCCCCCCCCCCCACCACACACACACACUCACAGAAGACAUGAUAACCUGUCAGCCUGUCAUCAUCAUGACUCUGUAUACACUCCGAUGCAGUUAGUCAAGCUGAUUCAUUUUACCCCCUGAAAGCAUAAAAGUGAUUUUUAAAAUGUGUCAUUGUAGUAAUAUAAAAGAUUUUCAAAACAAAAA